AAUAUAUCCGGAUCCUUCCGUCUCAUAAAACAAGUCCUUUCAGACCCCGACUCUUUCUUGAACCUCUUGAUACUUUGACAAUAUGCCCAAAGUCGAAUUUGACAAAAAGAACAUGUUUUUUCGCAAUUUGGGUAACACGGGUCUCCGUGUCCCUGUCUUUUCUUACGGAGGAUGGUUGACUGUCGGGUCCCACGAUAUCAAAGGCAAUCCUGUCACCGAACUCAUGCGCACGGCUUGGGAAUGUGGUAUCAACAUGUUUGAUAAUGCUGAAGCUUAUGCCACCGGCGAGUCCGAGACGCAAAUGGGAAAUGCCAUCAAGGAACUCGGUUGGGAUCGUCAGGAUUACAUCAUCACUACGAAGAUCUUCUUUGGAACAGGUCACAAGGAAACGCAGAACACUCGCGGAUUGAGCAGGAAACACAUCAUCGAAGGAUGUAAAGAGUCGCUCAAGAGACUUCAACUCGACUACGUGGAUGUUAUCUUUGCUCAUCGACCUGAUGUGACCACCCCGCUUGAGGAAACCGUCCGAGCUUUCAACUACCUCAUCGAUAAUGGUCUCGCUUUCUACUGGGGAACAAGCGAAUGGACUUCAUCGCAGAUCGCUCAAGCUAUCGAAAUCGCCAAACGUCUCAACAUGGUCGGUCCAUGCUGCGAGCAGCCUCACUAUUCCAUGUUCCACCGUGAACGUUUCGAAAGUGAAUACGAGUCCCUGUGGAGGUACGAAAACUUCGGAUCCACCAUCUGGUCUCCUCUCGACUCCGGACUUCUUACCGGGAAAUACAACCAUGGGAUCCCUCAUGGUUCUCGAUACCACACUAAUCCGGGUAUGAUGAGCGCUUCGGUCAAGGCACUCGAGACGCCUGAAGGGAAAGCCAAGAUUGAGAAAGUCAAGAAGCUCACUGUUCUCGCCGAGGAGUUGGGCGGUAGCAUGGCGAGUCUUGCGCUGGCUUGGACGCUCAAGCACAAGAAUGUCUCCACCUGUAUCCUUGGCGCAACCAAGCCCGAGCAGAUCAAGGAGAAUGUCAAGGCUCUCGAUUUGUAUCCCAAGCUUACCCCCGAAGUCAUGCACAAGAUCGAGACAAUCCUCGAUAAUAAACCCGCACCUCCGCCGGCAUAUGCACGUCUCGAUGAUGAUGGCAACCUCACUUAGUCUGGGAGCAUGCAUGUGAUUGCUGUGUC